UUGCCUGUAUUUCUCAUGUUCUAUCAUCUUCUGUUUUUCUUACUGCAGUCUCCAGUACCCAGUGUUGUACAGUCAGCAGCCUUUGCCUUGUCCAACCUUGCCAGAGGCAAAGAUGCUAACCUCAAGGCCCUAAUGGAUGCCGGUAUUGCUGAGUCCUUAAUCCAUCUGAUGGACCUAGACACAGACCAAGGCACUAUGGCAGAGGCUGCAUGGACACUCGCCUACCUCACUGCAGGCGGUGAGUAUGAGCAGACCUUUGUAUCAUUAGGACUCAUCCCACGAGUGGUUGCAGCUUUGGAUAAACUAUCCCAACAGACACCUCAUGACUCAGCGGUAGUCACACCUCUAGUCAGAUGUCUCGGCAACAUCUGCAGCGGUCCGGAAGAGCUGGUUACUAUGGCAACUGGAGACGGGAGUCUUCUCCCUUCCAUCGGUCGCCUCCUCCACUCAGAUCAUCGGCACAUCAAGAAGGAAACAUUGUGGGCAUUGAGCAACAUGACAGAGGUGUCCAGUGUCUGUCAGCAGUUGGUUAGUCUUGGUCUCUUGCCUGGCAUUGUCUCCUGUCUUGAAAAUACCUACGAUAUCAAGAGGGAGGCAGUAGUGUGUCUGUGCAACCUAGCCUACCAAGGCCCAGCUCUCUGUCAGGUGUUGCUGCAGCACGGUGCGUUCCCUGGAGUCAUCAAUAUGCUCAAGAAUCAGGACACCGAUGCCAUAGGUCUGGCCCUGGGAUUUGCGGAUUUGAUCCUCAAGAACGACAGUAGUGCCAAGCAUCUCUUUGAGGAGCACGGCGGUCUGAAAUUGCUGGAGCCCUUGGAGUAUCACAACAAUCCUGAGAUACACAAACAGGUGGCCGAGUUCCUUGAAGCGCACUUCUAUCAAGACGAUGAGCAUAAAUGAUCAGCGAACAGGUGAAGGAAUCAGAAUUGAAGAUCGGCGUAACAUGGAGUCUUUGUAAUAUAGAUUAAUCGACAUCGUGCAUAUGUUUCAGAACAACUUGUACACUGAGGGACCAUUUGCAAGGCUGAGAGGUUAAAGAGACCAUUUUUUAUGGGAGUUCAAAUUAUAAACAAGAUACUGUGUCGACAUGGGGCAUUUUGUAAGGCGUGUAGCUUAACAUUGCAGUUUUAAAUCAAAUUAGGUUUUGCCCUUCACCGACGUUCAAACAGCACUGUUUACUCGGUGUGUUACCU